AUGGAUCUUUCAACCUGUGGAUUGGAUGGUUCAAUCCCUCCUGAGUUGGGGAAUUUGAGGUUACUUGAUACAUUGUUUCUCUACAUCAAUCGCCUCUCUGGUCCAAUACCAAAGCAAUUAGGCAACUUAACGAGCCUAAAGACUCUUGAUCUUUCUGUCAAUGCACUCAGUGGGGAAGUCCCAUAUGAGCUUAUCAACCUCAGGCAGAUCAAACUUCUCAAACUGUUUGUGAACAGAUUGCACGGAUCAAUACCAAGUUACAUAUCAGAUUAUCCAAGUCUUGAAGUUCUUGAACUCUGGAACAACAAUUUCACAGGCGCUAUCCCGAAGAAUCUUGGGAAAAACCAGACGCUGAAGGACCUUGAUUUGUCUUCAAACAAGCUCACUGGUACAAUCCCUGAAGACUUGUGUGCCUUAAAACAGCUUAGAAUACUAAUUCUCCAUAAAAACUCUCUCUUUGGGUCACUGCCACAGGACUUGGGCACAUGUUCGAGUCUUGUUAGGGUGAGGUUGGGGCAAAACUACUUGAAUGGGAGCAUUCCAACUGAUUUCAUUUACUUACCACGGCUGAAUUUUGUUGAACUGCAGAACAAUAUGCUGUCUGGAUCUUUGUCUGAAAAUGGUAAUUCAUCUUCGAGGCCUACUAAGUUAAGCCAAAUGAAUUUAUCAAACAAUCAACUUUCUGGAUCCUUGCCUUUUUCUCUUUCCAAUUUAUCUUCCCUCCAAAUCCUUUCACUUAAUGGAAACAAUUUUUCUGGCUCAAUCCCUUCUUCCAUAGGUGAACUUCACCAAGCCAUAAAGCUUUCUCUAAAUGGGAAUUCUCUUGUUGGAGAAAUUCCACCUGAAAUAGGUAACUGUGUCCAUCUUACUUAUUUGGACUUUAGUAACAACAAUUUGUCUGGUUCAAUCCCUCAAGAAAUAUCAAAUAUUCGAGUCUUGAAUUACCUUAACCUAUCAAGAAACCACUUGAAUGGAACCAUACCCCCAUCAAUGGGUUCAAUUGCAAGUCUCACGACCGCUGAUUUUUCUUUCAAUGAUCUCUCUGGUAAGCUACCGGAAUCAGGCCAGUUCUCAAUCUUAAAUGCUUCUUCAUUUGCUGGUAAUCCCAAACUUUGUGGAUCUUCAUUUAACAACCCUUGCAAUGUCACUGCAAUUACAUGCCCACCAAGAAAAUCCCACAGUGCAAUCAAGCUGACCUUUGCCUUAGGCCUUUUAAUCUGUUCUCUGGUGUUCGUCACUGCAGCUAUUAUCAAGGCCAGAUCAUUCAACAAAUACACCUCAAAUUCGUUGAAAAUCACUGCCUUCCAAAAGCUAGAUUUCACAGUCUCUGAUGUUCUUGAAUGCAUAAAAGAUGGCAAUGUAAUCGGAAGAGGAGGUGCCGGAAUCGUCUAUCAUGGCAAAACACCAAAUGGGGUCGAAUUUGCUGUCAAAAAACUUGUGGGACUUGGCAACAACAGCCAUGAUCACGGGUUUAGGGCAGAAAUUCGAACAUUAGGCAACAUCAGACAUAGAAACAUAGUAAAAUUGCUAGCAUUUUGCACGAACAAUGAGACGAACCUUCUCGUUUACGAAUACAUGAGAAACGGGAGUUUAGGGGAGGCGUUGCACGGGAAGAAAGGGGAACUCCUAAGCUGGAAUUUGAGGUACAAAAUCGCCAUGGAUGCGGCAAAAGGAUUGUGCUAUCUACAUCAUGAUUGCUCGCCAUUGAUUGUGCAUCGAGAUGUGAAAUCAAACAAUAUUUUGCUGAAUUCGAAUUUCGAAGCUCACGUUGCGGAUUUUGGGCUCGCCAGAUUCUUGGUAGAUGGUGGAGCCUCCGAGAGCAUGUCGGCCAUUGCAGGGUCCUACGGGUAUAUUGCUCCAGAAUAUGCAUACACAUUGAGAGUAGACGAAAAGAGUGACAUUUACAGUUUUGGAGUAGUUCUCUUGGAGCUCAUCACGGGACGACGGCCAGUGGGUGAUUUCGGGGAAGGAGUCGAUAUUGUGCAGUGGAUGAAGCUAACAACGAACUGUCAAAGAGAAAAAGUUGUUGAUAUAGUGGAUCAAAGGUUUAAAAUUGUGCCUAAAAAUGAAGCCAUGCAUUUGUUCUUCGUUGCCAUGCUUUGUGUUCAAGAAAACAGCAUUGAACGGCCAACCAUGAGAGAGGUUGUUCAAAUGUUAUCAGAAUUCCCUCGUUCCUCGUCUUCCUUACGUCAUCACUCAGAACAACCUUGAAAAAAACCAAAAAAAUUGCUCUAAAGAUUGAACUUUUUGAAUACUCCCUUUUUGAUUAUGGUAUAAAUUGUGAGUUUUGCGGGUUUUUCUUUUUCUUUUUGACAUUUGACUGAGAUUUAGAAGUAUGUUAAUAGAGCCGGCAACUUGUUCUGACAAGAUUAUUGUAUAUUCAUAAUGUAUCUACCAAAUGAAUCCAAGAAUGUCUUUUAUGUUGAUCUA